GUUCAGUUUCAGUUUCGAAUCCGUGCAGUCAGCCAGCAGGUGCAGCUAGGUCCUGCCGCCGUCGAGAGGGGCAAAUCAAGUGCAGUGAGAGUUGUUAGUAGAUACAUACAUAGCCACAUAUAUAAGCCAAAGGCCUAGUGAAAACUUGUUUGGGAAACCCAGUAGGCAAGGGCAAAGAAGCAACAAAAGAAACCAUGUCGACGCUGCCAUUUUUACUCAGCGUGGCUGAUGAACUGGAUAACAUAAAUAGCCAAUCCUAUAUGGAUGAUUUCGGUUUGGGCUUCCAUCCGCAUCGCCAAUAUUAUCGUACACCAACCAUACAGCUAUCCCUGCCGGCUAGCACCGAUUGGACUGGCGGCGGACGACAGGAUUGGCAGGGACGACAGGAUUGGCAAGGACGACGCGGUUAUCGUAGCUAUAAGUUUUACGAUGAUACGCAAAAUAACCUCGAAGAGGAGGAAGAACAUGAAAAACAACAACAUCAGCAGCAGCAGCAGCGAGAGGAAUUGCAAAUGCAACAUCAUCAUCAUCAUCAUCAUCAUCACCACCAUCAUCAUGAGGAGCUGCAGCUGCAUCAGCAAAUACAACAAGAGAUGUCCCCUCAACAGCAGCAGCAGCAGCAACAGCAACAGCAACAGCAACAGCAGCAGCAACAGCAGCGGACCCCAUCAACUGGUCGUCAGGGAAUGGUGCAAUCUACAUCCCAUGACAUUGGUGUGGGCGGAAUGGGUUUGAAUCUUCAGUCGGGUGGCGAUGAGGAGGACGAUGAGAAUAUUGAUCGCACUGUACGCAUGUAUAAUCUGUCCAAGAAAUGUUGCAAAAAUUAUUAUCGUCAUGCCCUGGAGACGGGUCCCGCCGCCGGCUCAAAGGUAGCCAAAUGCAGUCAACUUCGUUCCGAGAGUAGCCACAAAUCGAGUUCAAGUUCGGAGGAGUCAUUGCAAAAGAUACCUUCGCCCAUUGAGUUUCUAACUUGCUUUCUCAUCAAGAAAUCAUCAUCUUCUUCAGCAUCGAAUCGAGCCUCCAAGUGCUUGGGCCAACAGCAGCAGCUCCAAAAGAAGACAUAGAACGCGGCCAUUAUGCCAAAGAGGCGUAGCAAUUGCUUCUGAAUGUUGGCCAGAGUCGGUGUGCUAUGUGGCGAGGCCUGGAGUUGGUUGCAACGUUGCGGCGAGUUGCCCAGUUCGGAGCCCACAACGCUGCCAGCCACCCGACUGGGUAGGAUUGCCUACUAAGCAAAAUCAGCCAAAAUGGAAAAACAACAAGAAAAAGCAUCACUCACACUUACAGCAAGCACAAUGCGCGUCGACUCAAGGCAAAACUUUAAUAGCGGAAAACAAAAAACACACAACAAAACAAAAACAGAUAGAAAAAUCUACAUUAAAUCAUAGGAAAAAUUACAAGUAUAUGAAAGCUUAGAGCAUUUGGAUUUGGAUUCGAUCCAGGGAAUUGCAUACAUUGUAGCCGAAAUGAAUAAGUAUUAAGGUAGUUUUUCAUUAGAUAUUUUGCUGAAAUUGACUUUAAUUCCUAAAAAUAUACAAGGAUUACCUCGAUUUUCACUUCUGUUUAUGUUAUAUACCAAAUGUAACUUGACUUUUCGAAGGAUUUUUUUCCUAUAUUGCAUUUCUUCCUGUAGCCCCGUCAAAUCAUGGUCAAAAUCAACUUGCCAUGGACUUAAUCAGGGCUAAAAUGGUCCUAAUCAAACUAGGGCUACAUAAUUUCCUCUUAAAUUUAAUCAAAAACA